AUGGCUUUAGAUUUUUCUGCAACAUAUAAAUUACUAGUUUUAGGUGAUUCUAAUGUUGGUAAAACGUGUAUAGUGCACAGGUAUUGUGAUGAGAGAUAUUACGAUAUAUACAUAUCUACUAUAGGCAUAGACUUCAAACAGAAGAUAAUAAAUUUAGACGGCGUGCCAAUCAAGCUCCAAAUAUGGGAUACGGCUGGACAGGAGAGAUUUCGAACACUGACCACUGCGUACUAUCGCGGCGCUAUGGGCAUAAUACUGAUGUACGACAUCACUAAUCUUGAGUCAUUCAAUCAUCUCUCUUAUUGGCUGAGAAACAUCCAAGAGUAUGCAUCUCCCGAUGUCAUCAAGGUGUUAGUUGGUAACAAGUGUGAUGUGCACGAGAAUCAUAGAGCAGUUCCCAAGGAGAGAGGUCAAAAGAUAGCGGAUGACUUCGAUAUGCCGUUCUUCGAGGUAUCGUGUAAAAGCAACAUAAACAUUGAAGAAGCGUUUCUGACGCUAGCCAGGAAAAUCAGAGAAUAUCGAGAGACUAAGGCGGACGCUUUCGAGCUGAAGGAAAGAGACAACGUAAUAAAGCCUUCUGAAUCCGAGACAGACGUGUCAAAAUGUAGCUGUUAG